GUGAUGAUAGAGUCCUGCCCCCAGUGUUAUGGGAUCAGCUCAUCUAUGCGUGCGUCAGAGUGGGUGGUAUCAUCGGGAGCGCCGUUUAAAAACUCUUUAACUAGUUGGCGCUGGGGAAGGAGGACGCGCUCACCACGGCGGCGAUGCAUGGAAGCGAGCAGAAGAAGAGACCUCUGUUCCAGUCAGGACGCUCAGCGAGCAUGGCGCAUUCGGAGACCUGUGAGUGCGGCGGCGAGCGGCGCCACCCGAGCAUUCUCUACAGCCUGCUGAAGAAGGAAAGCGCGCCGUGCGCGUCCGCGCGAGCGCCUCGGAGCGCCAGGUUCGCCGUGUCGGCGCGCACGUGCGCGUGCGGUGUCGCGAGGCAGGUAGCGCUGCGCUCUCCGCACGCAACGUGCGCCGCGGCCUCGGCCGUGCUCGCCAAGACGCUGCGCUUCGUCAAGAGCGUGCCGUGUUUCGGUGAGCUGCCCGCCUGCGAUCAGCGCGCUCUCGUGCGCAGUGGCUGGGCGCCGUUGCUUGUGCUCGGAAUGGCGCAGGACGGACUGGACUUCGAGACGCGCGAGAGCGCCGAGCCCAGCAUGCUGCAGCGGCUCCUCACCUCCGCCAGCCCGCGCGACCACGCCGCUAAUGUCAUUACCGGCGGCGGAGGGGUGGCGCUGGCCGAGGCGCAGGGCAUUAAAGCGUUCCUCAGCAAAUGCUGGGGCCUCGACAUCAGCACCAAGGAAUACGCCUACUUAAAAGGAGCCAUUCUGUUUAACCCAGACAUUGCCGGACUGCAGUGUCAGCACUACAUCCAGGCUCUGCAGAGCGAAGCGCACCAGGCUCUUAAUGAACAUGUCAAACUGAUUCACCGAGGAGACACCACGAGGUUUGCCAAACUCUUCAUUGCCCUCUCAAUGCUACGAUCCAUCAACGCCAAUGUCGUAGCAGGGCUCUUCUUCAGACCCGUCAUUGGCACAGUAAAUAUGGAAGAACUUCUCCUCGAGAUGUUUUACGGAAAGUAGAACGCCGCACGCCUUCGCAGACCUGACAGGUCUCAUAUAAGAGGAACAGUGAGCAGAGACAGUGGCCAGACGCUUUCACCCACACAAAUUUUUACACAUGCUAUUUUUGUACAAUAUUUCCUUGGACUGUUUUUCCCUUAUUGCCUUCUGAGUUGAACUCAUUGCUGAAUCCAAAAUUUGACUUUAUCCUCUUGUGGGGGAAAUAGCUUUACAUUGUUUUCUUCAACUGAUUAGCUUUUCUGUGUUGUUUUGUACAGCCAUAUUAUGAAACAGGCUAUUUAUUUGAGUAUAUUUAAACUCUAGAAACUGUUCCAGGGCUAUGUUUUUAUUGUUACAUGACAUGACCACAAUGAACGGUGAACACACAUCUAUAAAUUCCAACACAACCUUUA